GGUCUCUCCAGUGGCUGCCUCUGAGCACGUGUCCUGCCGGACUGCGUCAGCACUGGGUAAACAGAUGACUGGCUGCGUACCGGGCGGGGCUAUUUAAGAGGAGUCGCCCUGCCGCCUGCCCUCAACUUAGCUGGACAGCAGCCGUCUCCGCUGGAAACCGCCAAGCCAGCUGAUUCCGCAUCCGAAGACAUGAAGUGCGGCGUGUGUCUGUGCGUGGUGAUGGCAGUCCUGGCAGCAGGCGCCCUGGCGCAGCCGGUAGUCCCUGUAGAAGCUGUGGACCCUAUGGAGCAGCGGGCGGAGGAGGCGCCCCGAAGGCAGCUGAGGGCUGUGCUCCGACCGGACAGCGAGCCCCGAGCGCGCCUGGGCGCACUGCUAGCCCGAUACAUCCAGCAGGUCCGCAAAGCUCCCUCUGGUCGCAUGUCCGUUCUUAAGAACCUGCAGGGCCUGGACCCUAGCCAUAGGAUAAGUGACCGGGACUACAUGGGCUGGAUGGAUUUCGGCCGGCGCAGUGCUGAGGACUACGAAUACCCAUCGUAGUGGGCCAGCCUCUCAGCGCUGCUUGGAGGAGGCGGAAUGAGAAAACAACCACGCACACAACCCCUCGCCUCUAAUGUUUGACAUUUUGAGUACCUAUUUAUUAAGUCCCCGAUGUGAAAUCUGUCUGUUCAGAGUGUGCAAUGCAGCCACACACCUCAACCCAGCUGAGCGGUGGGAAGGCAGUGUUUCCCUCCGGUGGCUCCCAGACCUAAUGUUGCUAUGCUAUUAAAGAGAUUUCCUUCUGCCCCUCA